AGCUGCCUUCACUGUUAUUUUCAAGAGCAUGUGCCAACCUCUUGCGUUCUACGUUGACUCGCUGUACUGGGCCAUGAAGGGACUAGGUACCGACGAUGACAAACUCAUUCGCAUCGUCGUAGGCAGAUCAGAGAUCGACCUGGCUUCCAUCAAGAAAAUGUUCAAAGAGAAAUACCCCACCACCACCCUGGCCGCCAUGGUCGAAGACGAUACCAGUAAAGACUACAAGAAUGUUCUCAUUGGUAUCAUCAACGCCGAUGCUGCACCUACCCCAGCCCCCACCACCACCUAAAGACCGGCUGGAGUCAUUCCAUUCACCAAGUUAACACAGUAUUAUAGCUGUACCGUAUUAUGAAGAAGAAGAACAAAUUCUUAACGUUACCAAGAUCAUAAUUACUAAGCCACCUUAUGAAUAGCCAAGGCUAGUAACUUUUGUACUCUCAUAACAUCACAGGCGCUACAAGCUCUAGGGAAGGAGCCAAUAAUAAAGGUGGCCACUUUAGACAGGUAGAUAAAUGACCACUAUUGUAGGUACAUGCAUAUGACAACACUCACUGCCUGAUGAAGUGGCGGUGUUUCCGUUUACAUCUACCUUGAUGCCAUAUCAUUCCCAUGUGAGGGUUUGGGAGUACAUGGUUUACUACUGUGAGCUUUUCAUAAGCUGGCUUGGGGAUUAUAAUCUAGGUACCGAUAUGACUUGUUUAUAAUACCGUACAGUAUAAUAUCGUCUGAGAUUUGUGAAGCGGGUGCUGGAGUACAAUCGCAUCAAGCGAUAUUAUAUAUCUAUAUUGGGGCAUGUGCAAAUAAAUGUUACGUAUAUAGCUUAUUAGAUACGAUGGUUAAACAUCAUGAAAUCCGUUUCUUUUACUAUACAUAUAUAUUUAUAUAUAUGUACUACUACAAUACAAACCCUAGCAAUUCGUAUUAUUAUAUUCAUACACUGCAUAUAUGUGUACAAAACUAUAAAAAAAAAUAGUAUACUAUUGAAGAACUUGCACAGUACAUAUAAAUCUUUGGUUUUAAUGGAUAAAAGUAGAUGAGUAUUUAAUAUAGAUGUAAAUUAGAAUGCACUGUGGUUUGAUCUCAUUCCUGUUUGUAAUAUUUUGAAAUAUUCAGAGGGUGUUGUAGAGUAUUGACCUUUGGAAUGUUGUGUAGGAUUAGGCAAUCACACAUCCAUGACAAUAAUAUGAACACAAGCUUCAUAGAACAGAACCUCUACAACUUUCAAUUAAGACCCAUUUAUUGAGAUAUAUGUAUGGUCCAGGGCAUCUACGUGAUUUCAAGGAUAUAUAAUAUAGCACACAUUCAAUCCGUCAACAACAAAAUAAAAUGAAAGAAAUUUGUCUAGCUUUACCACUUUUUCGGUGUUUGAUUACUUAAUUAGAGUGAUGAUACAACAUCUAAAGCGACGGACAAAACAGAGAACAUAUGCAAGUGAAGAUUACCAUAUUCAUGAGUUUUCAUAUCAUAAUAUUCAUUACUAUACAUUUGAAAUAGAGAGAUGAAGUUUUUAGUAUUAUAUUGUACAGUACAAUGUGUGCAGGGAUUUCAAAUCUAGUUUCUGUGAGAAUUUAUUUAAUCUAAUGGUCAGAUAUUAAGAUUUACAUUCUAGAAACAGCAUUAUUAUAUUAUGGUAACAACAUUCUUCAUUAUAAUGGUAAUAUAUCGUAAACUACAUUAGAAUACUUAGAACUACACUUUUUUUGGUUGCACAAACAGAAAACAAAAAACGUGAAAUUACUGACAAGCUCAAAUAUUUGCAGCAUAAUCCUAUGGUUUGUAUUAAACUACGUGUGAUUUAUCAGAAAUAAAAACCUUCUGAUAAGUGACACAAUGACAAAGUAACCAUGGUAACAUUCAAUCAUUGUAGAUGCUGUUAUGAGUUUUGUCACGCUUAACGUUUGUACCGCGGUUCAUUUGUAAACUUAAUGGCAAUACUGCACGUUUCGAUAUGACUUGUUAUUCGGAUUACAAUUAAUGAAGAGAUGUUUUAAACAUUACAAGGAAACCUCCUAGAGUUUUCGAUACCAUAACAGUGUAACUUAUUCCUUUCGUAUUUGAAUUAAAAUCUCAGUUCUUGAUUAAAUUGGUUGAAGUUAUUACCAUUUUCUAUAACUGGUAAUGCUGAUCACCCUAUUAUGAACGUAUUCUGGGAGCAGGUUGAUUACCUUGAGUAUCAUUUGAUAUACCAUAGAAAUGAUCGGAUUAGGUGUUGCGGCACUGUAUAAUGUUUGCACAUUCAUUUAAAUCGGUAAUAAACAUGGCUAUUAAAAUUGGCUUAGGUUGAUUUCUGUUCUCGAAAGUUCUUUGAGAUCGUAUUUUCCUUGAACUUUACCAUUGUCAUAGUAAUUUAUCCAUACGAAAUGUUUUGCUAUAAAUUUCACACUGAUCUUGACAAUUGUACUAUCAAUGAAAUCAUUAUUUCAAUGCUUACACCUUAUAUAUCUAAUUCAUUCAGUCUUUUUAAGUAUUUUAGAUAAAGACAAUAUAUUUCGUUACUUCAGGAGGUGAAGGGGACGAAUCGUAAAUUGUCAUUGCAUUAAAGUAAGAACAUAAAUCA